UUUACUUUCUACUUCCCUCUUCUUCAAUCUCCACACUCUUUUGUACUUCGUCUCUUGCUCUCUCCCAUUUCUUUUCGAGUUUUUGUUCGAUCCGUUUCUGGGAUUUCACAUAAUUUCCUCGGCUUGUGUCCUCUUCAUUUUUUCUUGUCAAGAAAUCGAAAGAUUCUACAUUUUUGUGCUCCUGGGUUAAGUAAAUUAGGGUUUUAGGGUUCCGACGUGAUGAGUCACCGUCGAGCUUCCGGCAGCGAUGUAGUUCACGUGAGAACCACCAACGACCUUCCGCCGGAGAAUAGGUUUCCGAAUUCCGGUAGCGACAGUUCCAUCUGGGCCACUGAGGAUGAUUACAACCGUGUCUGGGCAAUGCCAAUGCACCCCGACGACGCUGAGUCUCCGAGCAAGAAGACACGAUCUUCCUCCUCCGAGAUUGGGAAAUCGUUCUUCAAGACGAAGCUCUGCUUCAAAUUCCGCACCGGAACUUGCCCUUACGCCGCGAGCUCUUGCCACUUUGCUCACAGCUCGGAAGAGCUCCGUCGUCCACCGCCGCCGCCUAAUCGGCAGAAGACUGCUGCGACAGAAGCUUUAAGGAACCGAGAGAGCUUUGCGAUUAGUUUAGGUCCUCGUGGUUAUGGUGGUGCUGCUAGUGAUGGUGGUGGCAAUGUUGCUCAGACUUUGAAGCCUCCAAAUUGGAAGACAAGGAUUUGCAAUAAGUGGGAGAUUACUGGGUAUUGUCCUUUCGGUACUAACUGUCAUUUUGCUCAUGGGGCUUCAGAGUUGCACAAUUUUGGUGGAGGCCUUGUUGAAGGGGAAGGUAAGAUCGGAACAUCCACCACUCCGGCCACAAAGCAGACGGGACAAGCAAACACAGUGACUCACCUUGUUUCUCCUGGAGUCCUGUCCCAACGGACAUCUAGUUCUGUUAUGCAGAAACCAAACGGGGUCAGAACUCAACGGAAAUGGAAAGGACCGGAUAAGAUCAGUCGGGUUUAUGGUGAUUGGAUCGAUGAUAUUGAAUAAUUCACAGAUUUGUUGACCCAGGGAUUAUUAGCCUUUUUAGAGUUGUAACUAUGUUGACAUAUUAGUAUCCUCUCUUUUGUUGUUGUAGAUUGUGACUUAACAAAGACAACAACUCGCUCUUCUCUUUCUUGUGGAAUCAUCUUAUUCUCUUUC